AUGCAUCAGCAAUCAAUUAAUAAAGACGGUGAAUCACAAAAGAAGAAACGAUUAAAAAUUGAUCACUUAUCGACAUUAGAUGAUUUCAAAGAUGAUCCAGAAGCUAGUGAUUAUGAUGAGUGUAGCGAUGAUGAUGACGUUAAGAGCGUCGAAUAUUCAUUAUCAGUUACAAAGUCCGAUGAAUUAAGCAAGUAUUUAUCAAUGAAAAUUGAUAUGAAACAAUAUUCAUCUGAUGUUCUUACAUUCUGGCGAAACAACGCUGAUGAAUUACCAAAUCUUUCUAGACUAGCUAGACAAAUUCAUUCAAUUCCAGCAACCAGUGCAAGUGUGGAGCGUCAAUUUAGUAUUGCUGGACUCACACUCAGUGAGAGACGAAAUAGUUUGGAUCCUGAACAAUUAGAUAACAUUAUAUGUAUUCGUGCCAUGGAAAAAAUUAAUGGAAAGAUAUAG